CGAGGCGUUUAAAUCCGCAAGGGAGGGAUAAAGUCAAAAAGAUUCUUGUUUGUCUGAUUUUGCGUGUAGUCGGCUUUUUUCCUUCUCCGGUACUUUGAGAAGGAAACUACUGUGUUAGGGUAUGGUUAGGGACUUAAGGGGGCAAAGAGCAGAGCAAGGUAGCUCGAUGGCGUUCACAGUUGAGCUGCUACUACAGCUGAGCAAUGCAUAUCAUUGAACAUGGAGCAACUUCGCGCUUUCCUCUUGACUUUGGUAUUACCUCUAUGCGUGCUUGUCGUAGCGAGGUACUCGGGUACUUCACAUGUUACGCUUGAAAGCUUGGCAAGGAUUUUAGCGAGCUGCAGGUACGUACCUUUUUUGGCCGAGAAACCGGCGAUCCUGCCUCCGCUUCUUGUCCUUCAACAAUUCUCGCUUGCUUGCUCACGCAACCUUGACGCAAGCCCGGCGGCCCUUUUGAGAAAUCUCUCAUUUUCUUUGACCAUCCGCCACGCUAUGACAUACGCACGUGGGCCUAGGGCAUGUAUUCCGAGUCGUUUCCGAAAGGCCCGAUAGAAGAGCGUUUAUGCAAGAUCGCGAGCCGUCUCGGCGUUCAUCGGGCAGCGUUAUCAGAGUAUUGCGCGAUAUCAUGUCUUAUCGACG